GUGCCUGCUACAUGGCCGCACUCUGGUGCUAUUGAUUUUGCGGGUUGGACCGCAUCGUACGGUACCGCGGCAAAUUCCCAACCGGUAUUGAACGGCAUAACCCUAUCAAUCAAGCCCGGCGAGCACGUUGCCAUAUGCGGCCGAACAGGCAGCGGCAAAACCUCUCUCAUCCUAUCGCUCUUGCAAAUGACCGAAAUCGUCGAAGGCAGCAUCUCCAUAGACGGCGUCGACCUCUCCACGCUCAGCCACGCAGAAGUACGCUCGCGCAUCAACGUUGUGCCUCAGGAUCCGUUCCUCUUGCCAGGCACUGUACGCUUCAACGUUGAUCCCCUGAAUGGUGCUUCUGACGAGGAGGUCGUACGUGCUCUUGAGCGUGUGCGGCUGAAGGCGAUCGUUGAUGAGCAGGGGGGCAUUGACGGGGAGGGUAACUUGGAGUCGUGGUCGAGUGGACAGAAGCAGUUGCUCUGUUUUGCGAGGGCCAUGUUGAAGAGGAGCAGGAUCCUGGUCUUGGAUGAAGCAAUGAGCAGCGUCGACACAGAGACAGAAGCAAUCAUGCAGCAAAUCAUUGACACAGACUUCAAAGACGCCGGAUGCACCGUCCUCGCAGUCAUGCAUCGGCUGGAACACAUCCGACGAUACGACAAGGUUGCUCUUCUGGGGGAUGGCAAACUGCUGGAAUACGGGGAGCCGGAAGAGUUGCUUGCUGGGGAGACGACGGAGUUGGCGAGGUUGUACUCUUAUUAUCGCGGCUGA